UAGGCCGGGCCCCGCCCCGGGGCCGCCUUCCAGCGGGUUCUUUUUGCCUUGGCUGCCUCGGAGGCUGUGGCGGCAGUGGCCGCCGGGCGCGCGUAAGAUGGCGACUGCGGCGGCGGAAGCCCUGGGCCUCCUGUGGGGCUGGCUGUGGAGCGGGCGCUUCUGGCUGCCUCAGAACGUGAGCUGGGCGGACCUGGAGGGCCCGGGCGACGGCUACGGCUACCCGCGCGCCCGGCACGUGCUGUCGGUGUUCCCGCUGGCAGCAGGUCUCUUCUCCGUGAGGAUGCUGUUCGAGCGAUUUAUUGCUAAACCCUGUGCACUCCGUAUUGGCAUUGAAGACAGUGCUGUCUACCAGGUGGAAUCCAAUGACACCCUUGAGAAGGUGUUCACAUCUAUCACUAAGUAUCCUGAUGAGAAAAGGCUGAAGGGCCUAUCAAAGCAACUGGACUGGGAUGUUCGAAAAAUCCAAUGCUGGUUUCGCCAUCGGAGAAAUCAGGACAAGCCUCCAACGCUCACUAAGUUCUGUGAGAGCAUGUGGAGAUUCACUUUCUAUUUUUGUAUCUUCUGCUACGGAGUCAGAUUUCUCUGGUCGAUGCCUUGGCUCUGGGAUACCCGACAGUGCUGGUACAACUAUCCAUAUCAGCCACUCUCAAGAGAGCUCUAUUACUACUACCUCACACAGCUGGCCUUCUACUGGUCCCUUGUGUUCUCUCAGUUUAUAGAUGUUAAAAGAAAGGACUUCCUGAUGAUGUUUAUGCAUCAUUUGAUCGCCGUCACGCUCAUCAGUUUCUCCUACAUCAACAACAUGGUGCGAGUGGGAGCCAUCAUCUUGUGUCUGCAUGACUCCGCCGACUCCUUGCUAGAAGCUGCCAAGCUGGCUAAUUACGCCAGACAGGAGCGGCUCUGUAACACCCUCUUUGUGAUCUUUGGUGCAGCUUUUAUGGUUACUCGUCUAGGGAUCUUCCCUUUGUGGAUUCUGAACACAACCCUCUUUGAGAGCUGGGAGAUUAUUGGGCCCUUUCCUUCCUGGUGGCUCUUCAAUGGCCUCCUCCUGAUCCUACAGAUGCUGCAUGUCAUCUGGUCCUACCUAAUCGCACGAACUGCUUUUAAAGCCUUGGUCCGGGGAAAGGUGUCUAAGGAUGACCGCAGUGAUGUAGAAAGCAGCUCAGAGGAAGACGAGACCACACACACGAACAACCUCUCUGGCAGCAGCUCCAGCAACGGUGCCAACUGCAUGAACGGCCGCAUGGGAGGCAGCCACUUGGCUGAGGAGCAGGGGACUUGUAAAGCCGCUGGCAACCUACACUUUGGGGCCUCCCCACGUAUACACUCCUGUGACUAGAGGGACUGCCAGGCACUGAGGAGAAUCUGAGAAACAAAUGUUUUUGUGUUUUAAAGAAACUCUGCCAUUUUGUAUUUAAUGCCCUGGUCCUUCAGUGACAUCACUGGCUCUUUGUCUGUGUGUCUGUGCGUCUGUACAUGUGCAUCAUGCAUGUGGAUGAGCGUCAUCCACUAGGUUGGGCACAAGGCUGGAUUACUAGUCAGUGUCUGGUCACUUCUGAAUCACCUCCAGUCCAGCAUUCGCUGUAUCUUGAGUUAAGCUGUCUCCCAACCAGCUGUGUCCUCCUUCCAUUGCUCUUGAGACUCUUAAGUUCCUGGUCCAUGGAAGUCAGUGGUGCAGCCACUCGGCUCCAGCACUUGGAGACUGUUCUUUUGGAGGAGGAAGUAAUUUUCACCUGAUGGAACACUCUGGAUAGAUACCAGGAUCACUGUAGCCACAUGCCCCCUUCCUACCACCUGAUAGUGUCAGGGACAGCCACUGACGCCCUGCUGCUUAUUCAAUGGUACGCAGGGAGGGGAGGGGAGGAGAGGAUGAGCUGAGAUUCGGAGAACAGCAGCCACUGGUUGUGCUGUUAAUGAUUUUAUACUAUUGUUUAUUCUUCUGUGAUUAAAGUGUUUCAACCCUCUACUGUCUGUCUCUUUAGUAACUAUCCCUGCUGCAGCUUUGGCUGCCUGAACCUCCUCAGUGCUGAGGUCAUAGACAUGCUCCAUGAUUAGGAAGUUUUCCAUGGGCUGCAGAGUUCUUGCAGAGGACCCAGCUCUGGUCUCUAGCACUGAUAUAGGGUUUUAAAGUAGACAUAUUUAAUUGGUGUGCUAGCAGGUUUUAUAUCAACUUGACACAAGUUAUAGUCACUUUGAAAGAGGGACCCUCAGAUGAGAAAACUCCCCUAGAUUGGCCAGUGGGCAAGCCUAUAUAGAGCAUUUUCUUAACUGAUGAUUGACUGGGGGCAGGCAGCCCAUUGUGGGUAUGGGGCCAUCCCUGAACUAUUGGUCCUGGGGUUUAUGAGGAAGCAGAGCAAGCCAUGGGGAGCAAGCCGAGGGCAGCACCCUCCAUGACCUCUGCAUGAGCUCCUGCCUCCAGGUCCCUGCCCUAUUUGAGUUCCUGCCCAGACUUGCUUCUGUGAUGGACAAUGCAGUGGAAGUGUAAGCUGAAUAAACCCAUUCUUCCCCAA